UCUGAAUCCCCUUCUAAUCGGAAUCCUAAUUUUCCAAAAUAAAUCUGUGCCUUGUGGAUAUAUGAUCGAUUGUUUAUGCUUACCGUCGAGCUUAGUGUAUUAACUUGAUGUACCUGUGUUUUCAGCCAAGGAGGAAAAAUGGGUGCACGAUUGUUGGAAGUUGAUGCAAAAGCAAUCAAGUUCAUAUGUGAGGUGAAGAAACAAAGUACCACUUCAGUUCACCUUUCCAAUAUAUCUGAUGAGUAUGUUGCUUUUAAGGUGAAAACUACUUCACCAAAGAGAUUUUGCGUGAGACCCAAUUCAGGCAUCAUUAGCCCAAAGUCAGCAUGCGACUUUUCAGUUACUAUGCAAGGUCUAAGAUCACCUGCAUCUGAGGUGGAGUGCAAGGACAAAUUUCUGAUCCAAAGCACAGUUGUUGAUGCUGCAACAAAAGAAGAAGAUGUCACUCUUGACUUGUUCUCCAAAAGUAGUGGCAAGUACGUUGAAGAGAAGAAGCUCAGGGUUAUUCUAAUUAGCAAGGAAGAUUCUCUAGUAGAGGAACAAAAAAACAAAAAGCAAGAUUCUCCAGUAGAGGAACACAAAAACCAAAAGCAAGAUUAUCUACUAGAGGAACACAAAAACAAAAAGCAAGAUUCUUCGAUAGAGGAACACAAACAUAAAAAGCAAGAUUCUUCGGUAGAGGAACACAAACACAAAAAGCAAGAUUCUCCGGUAGAGGAACACAAUCACAAAAAGCAAGAUUCUCCGGAACACAAAAACAAAAAGCAAGAUUCUCCGGUAGAGGAACACAAACACAAAAAGCAAGAUUCUCCGGUAGAGGAACAUAAACACAAACACAAAAAGAAAGGUUCUCCAGUAGAGGACCACAAAAACAAAGUGUUGGAGCAAGAACCAUCUAAUGAAUCUUUGAGAAAAGAAGAGAAGUUGUUGAAAAGAGAUGAACAUGUUUCCCCAAAGCAUAUGCGAACUGAAGAUGUCAAGGAAGUCAAAAGUGCUUUGCCUAAAGAGGAGCCGAAACCAUCUGGCGAUCUUGAUGGAAAUGAGCGGAAUGUUUCCAAGAAUCUUAAGUUUAACCCUGUAAAGGUUGUGAAAGAGGACCCACAAAAAAAGUUGAGGUUGUGUAAUCAACUCAAGGACUUGAAACUGAAGGAAAGUACAUUAGAAAAUCAAUUGAAAGAGGCCAAAUCCACCAUCUCUAGUCUAACCUAUCAGAAUAGCAAAAUCAUUGAAGCGAAAGAGAUACUUCAGCUGGAACUGGCGAGGAGAAGUAAGAAAGGUUUCUCCUUCGUAUCUGUUUGCUUGGUGUCGCUCGUUGGUGUGAUAGUCGGGUAUUUCUCACAAUUUUAAACAACAAUUCACAAUUUAUACGAGAUUUGGAUGGUUGUAUUCUUCAAUUUGUACUUCAUAAUUGUGAAUAAUUGGCAAAUCUAUAUAUUGUUUCUUGUUGCCCGAUGGCAAUUUAUUUCUUCAAAAUGGUCCAUAUGAUGUUGAAGCACAAAAUUCAUUUCCAAGAAUAAUUUUUGGCCAACAAUUCUCAAGCUCGAGUUCAGAACACCAAUGUUCGACUUGAUUCAUUCGAAAGCUCAAUAAAACUUUACUAGUCGAGAUGUUUGAGCAUACAUUAUUCGAGCACAAACAUAUUUAUGUGUUUACUAAUUAAAAUAUAAAAAUCAUCGAGACGGUGAUGACUUGGUUGUUGUUAUUGAUAGCCACAAAGUUUGAAACAGAAAACCCGAAAGAUUAUUGAAUUGGAUAUUUACUACUGAAAUUACCGUUUU